AAUCCGGUAACAGCCGUGGGUGAUUGCGAUGAAUUACCCUCCGAGAAAUUGAUCAUUCGCUCCUUUCUGUUACCUCGAAGGGUCUCAGCGUCCCUGCCCGCCCUCUCCUUUAUGCUCCAUGACAUUUAUUCGUUUUAUGCAUCCUGGCUUCAGCUUGCCAUCCUGCCUCAAUUCGUGUACCAAGGCUCUGCAGUCUGAGCCACUAAUUACUACAGUGAGGUUUCUUCCCCAAACAGGAAGUCUCCUGCAGAAUUGCUCUCUCAGGGCACUCUCUAACCGAACAUCAGCCACCUCUGGAAGGCCAGCCAGUCCCUGUGGCCAGAUGUAGGCGGGCAAACUGAGAGGGGAGGUGUCCCAGUUACCCACGCCCUAGAAGGGCCUGUGGCCACCCCCUGCUUCUAAAAAACCCGAAGUCAGACUGCCGUGGAGACUUUAGUCAGAAGAGGCGGCUUGCAGUGGGGUUGUCUGGGCACUCUAAAACUUCAGACCUCCCCUGAAGGGCCAGAUGGCGCAGCCACCUGUUGCUGGCACUGCUAUGUCGGGGGAGAUGGACAAACCGCUGAUCAGUCGCCGCCUGGUGGACAGUGAUGGCAGUCUGGCUGAGGUCCCCAAGGAGGCCCCCAAAGUGGGCAUCCUGGGCAGCGGGGAUUUUGCCCGUUCCCUGGCCACACGACUAGUGGGCUCUGGCUUCAGUGUGGUGGUGGGGAGCCGUAACCCCAAACGCACCGCCGGCCUCUUCCCCUCCUUAGCCCACGUGACUUUCCAAGAGGAGGCCGUGAGCUCUCCGGAGGUCAUCUUCGUAGCCGUGUUCCGGGAGCACUAUUCCUCACUGUGCAGUCUCGCUGACCAGCUGGCUGGCAAGAUCCUCGUGGAUGUAAGCAACCCCACGGAGAAAGAGCACCUCCAGCACCGCCAGUCUAACGCCGAGUACCUGGCCUCACUCUUCCCAGCCUGCACUGUAGUAAAAGCCUUCAAUGUCAUCUCUGCAUGGGCCCUACAGGCUGGACCAAGGGAUGGGAACAGGCAGGUGCUCAUCUGCGGGGACCAGCUGGAAGCCAAGCGCACCAUCUCAGAGAUGGCGCGUGCCAUGGGUUUCACGCCCCUGGACAUGGGGUCCCUGGCCUCAGCGCGGGAGGUAGAAGCCAUACCCCUGCGCCUCCUUCCAUCCUGGAAGGUGCCCACCCUCCUGGCACUGGGGCUAUUUGUGUGCUUCUACGCCUACAACUUCGUCCGGGACGUUCUGCAGCCGUACGUUAGGAAAGAUGAGAACAAGUUCUACAAGAUGCCCUUGUCCGUGGUCAACACCACGCUCCCCUGUGUGGCUUACGUGAUGCUGUCCCUGGUGUACCUGCCUGGUGUGCUGGCAGCUGCACUUCAGCUGAGGAGGGGGACCAAGUACCAGCGCUUCCCAGACUGGCUGGACCACUGGCUGCAGCAUCGCAAGCAGAUCGGGCUGCUCAGCUUCUUCUUCGCAAUGCUGCACGCUCUCUACAGCUUCUGCCUGCCGCUGCGCCGCUCCCACCGCUACGAUCUGGUCAACUUGGCUGUGAAGCAGGUCCUGGCCAACAAGAGCCGCCUGUGGGUUGAGGAAGAAGUGUGGCGGAUGGAGAUAUACCUGUCCCUGGGUGUGCUGGCCCUGGGAAUGUUGUCACUGCUGGCGGUCACCUCGCUCCCAUCCAUUGCCAACUCCCUCAACUGGAAGGAGUUCAGCUUCGUGCAGUCUACACUGGGCUUCGUGGCCCUGAUGCUGAGCACGAUGCACACGCUCACCUACGGCUGGACCCGUGCCUUUGAGGAAAACCACUACAAGUUCUACCUGCCGCCCACGUUCACACUCACGCUGCUCCUGCCCUGUGUGAUCAUCCUGGCCAAGGGCCUCUUUCUCCUGCCCUGCAUCAGCCGCAGACUCACCAAGAUCCGCAGGGGCUGGGAGAAAGACGGUGCUGUCAAGUUCAUGCUGCCCGGCGACCACACACAGCAGGAAAAAACAAGCCACGUGUGAGGCCCUGGAAAUGGAGACAGACACAGCUUGUGGGGGCCCUGAGCUGGGUUCGGGUCUCUUUUCAGGAUGCUGCACAGUGGAGUGAUGGUAUAUGUGUGGGUGGCUGAGAUCCUGUUUCCUGGGGUGCAGGUGUAUGCCGAGAUUCUCAGAAUGACACCUCACACGUGUGAUAUGUAUUCACAUAUAUUUCACAUAUAAUAGGAUUUGCUAUUAUUCUUACAUAUCUAAAAAAAAAAAGUGGGUCCCUAUAUUUCAACUUAAGCAUUUCAAAGCAAAUGGCACACAUUAAACAGCAGAUCCCACCCUUGGAGUUUCUACAGAGGCAGACAGACACUUCUGGUAGAGGAGAAACUGUAUUUUGUUGGGUUCUACCCUUUAAUCUCUAUGUUCCCUGUUAGCUACAUCCUAAAGCUGGUGCAAAGCUGGGGCGAGAACUGCCCCUGGUGCAGCCACCCCCAUCCCAGGGCUAAGAAAGAAGCUAAGAAAGAGUGAACUGGGGGGGCCAGCUCUGGACUCUCCUGCUUCCCUGGGCAUGUGUGGGGAGGCUCAGUGAGGUGCCCUGGAAUCCAUUCAGGUCUGUCCUUUCUCGAGGGAAGGGUCUGAAGCUGCCCCCUCUGAUCCUAGCUGAGCCAAGGAGGAGGAGAGUGUCCCCCACUCCUUGCAAAGCCCAGAGUCACCGUGGAGCCUGCAAAUUGAUCCUUCUGCGAAGGUGUGAAGUCACUGCCUCACCAGAGCCAUUAAUGAACCCGUUCCCGGAGGAGGAGAAUUGUUUCCUGCCAUUAGGCUGGUGGUGACCCUCCUCUAAAUCACUGUGCCUUCUCGCCUUUUCCAUCAUUAAUUUGGACAUCUCCGUGGAGUGGACUCUUGUCAGGGCAGUUCGGGGGGGGGGGUAGGGAAGCAUUAGAGAUGGCAGAGAAGAACCAUCGAGUCCUCUUUUGGGGGCAACCCUCCCCUUGAAUGUGCCCCAGGCCUGCCUUCAUUAAAUUGGUCCCUAAGGAGAAUAAUAGGGACCCCUUUCCGUUUACCCUGCUGCCUGUAGGCAGAGAACCUACCUUCUGAGUGCCCAGAAAACACAGUGGCCCCAUGCUCUUCUUCAGGGCAUUCCACGCCCUCCUUCCCUCCCUCCCUCCCUCCCUCCCUCCCUCCCUCCCAGUUACAGUCAACCACAAAAGUCUGCAAAUCUUGUUUUUCGAAUUCUUAAAGAGACCACAUCUUCAUUUUAAUUACAAUAGUUAAAAAUCGCCCUUUGUUUAUUAUUCUUAUUAAGCUUUCCUGGGCCCGGUUUAUUAAUUAGACCUAAUCACAGCUGUGUAGAGGAGAAAACGUAACCUAUACUUGUGUAUAUGGCUGUGGGUGUGUGCACGUGCGUGCGCAUGCAAGUAUGCAUAUGUGUUUCAGGUUAUCAGGAUUCCUGAGACUGUAUUAUAUAAUUCAAAAACAACUGGGAGUGCUUUUCUG